UUUGAUUUUGACAGGAACCGAGUGCCGACCGACGAAAGGAGUUGCCGACGACGUGUCCGUGAUUAUCCACGGUUGCCGCCGCCUUACAUAUCCCUGUACCAUAAUAUCUAUACGAGGGUGACGAAGACAGACGACAUCCCCUUGUUCGACCCAUGGACAAGCAGCGACGUCAUCACCCCAACCAGCACCACACGCAGGAAGGGACAGACGCACCAUUCGUGACCGCUCGAUCGGGAACUAGCACAUCCGCCACCAUGCCGUCGUUGUUUUACCACGAUCUCAACUUCUUGGACGGGGCUCCAUCGUCGUCGCCAACCCACCAUCCACAGCCAACGUCGUCCCAACCCGAGACUCCUGUUGACUCGUCGAUGCUGUACUACGACCAUGCGUCGUCCUUUCCGUCGACAAAUGGCGGGGCGGCCUCCACCAGUUCGUUUCCUACAAGUCGCCGUCGAAAGAACAGCAUCGAAAUGUUUCUAUCUCGCAGUCCCAGUCAACACCUUGGCAGUGACUUCUUCAAACUUGCCCUUGACGACCCCUCCGACUUCACCCUCGACUCGUCCCAUGACCCUUCAACCGACGUGCGCCACGAGCUCCUUGAUCACCCUCAACUGCACCACCCUCCUCCAUCCAUGACCCAACCUCCUCACUACAACUCGUCCCGACGCAGCAACCAAUACGACGACCACCACCCGUCAUGGUAUUCCAACCAUACGCACCACCACCACUAUCAUCCUUCCUCUCGCCCCAGCCGCCACGACUCGAGCGACGACGGCAAUGACGGCAGCAUGUAUGGCCAUCCCGUUCGACCGGCGUCGUCCGCGAGGGCCAUACACCCCCGGCAGCCCCAUGACAUGCGACAAGACCACUUGUGGCAGCCACAUGCGUACGGGGGUCGCACCGCCCCGACAUCGUCUCGACGGUUUGUCCUGUCGGCGCCACCAGACCACCCUAGACCAACCAACCACCACCACCACCCGUCCAUGUUGAAACCGUGCAAAUUCUUUGCCCAGGGUCAUUGUCGUAUGGGCAACAAGUGCAAAUUCGGCCACUUGCUCCAUUCCAACCCCACCACCGCCGCCAUCCAUGCCCAACCGUCGACGUCCUCGAGCUUUGACGACGGCGACUUUCAUCCGUUUGGAUUUGACUCGACUCCGGUGUCCAUCGACGCCCUCCGCGGUCGCGUCUUUGCCAUGAGCAAAGACCAAAAUGGAUGUCGGUUGCUGCAAGAGCAGUUGGACAGCACAGACUCUGAGCCAGGCAAAAGUGCCGCGGACGUGUGCGCCGUCAUUUACACCGAGUCGUUGCCUCAUUUGGUCGACAUGAUGGUGGAUCCGUUUGGAAACUAUUUGUUUCAAAAGCUGCUCGACCGGGGCGACGACGACCAGCGCCUGGGCAUUGUGCAGCAGGUGGCGCCGCACUUGGUCGCGGCGGCGCUCAACCUCCACGGCACACGGUCGGUGCAAAAGGUGGUCGAACUGGCCGCGGCAUCGUCGUCGUCUAGCCUGGUGGCGCUGAUUGUCGGCGCUUUAAAAGACGACGCGGUCCGCCUCUGCAUUGACUCGAACGGGAACCACGUGAUCCAGCGGGCACUGCAGUUCCUGCCGCCGGCGUCCAAUCAGUUUGUGUUUGACGCUGUGGCCGCCGACUGCACGGUCGUGGGCACGCAUCGCCACGGGUGCUGCGUGCUGCAGCGCUGCGUCGACGCCGCCGACCCCGUCCAGCGCCGCGCCGUGAUCGCCCAAGUCGAACACCACGCAAUGAAGCUCAUGCAGGACCCGUACGGCAACUAUGUGGUGCAGUACGUGCUAGAUGCGUGCUCAGCGGCGGACGCGCGGGGGGUCAUGGCCAAGUGUGUGGGCCACGUGCUCGACCUGUCGAUCCAAAAGUUUAGCUCGAACGUUGUGGAGAAGUGUCUCGAGCUGGCCCCCGACGACCUCCGGCAGACGAUUGUGCGCGAAAUCGUCGCGUCCCCCCGCAUGUACCGCAUGCUCCAGGACCAGUACGCCAACUACGUGGUCCAGCGCGCCUUGUCGGUGGCGUCCGACGACAAUUGCCUCGACUUGGUCGCUGCCAUCCGACCCCACCUCGCCAGCAUGAAAAACACCCAGGGCGGCCGCCGCAUCCAAGCCCGCAUCCUCAAGCGGUUCCCGCACGUGGAUGUCGGAUGGGACCCUGACUUUAGUGACGUGGGGGGGUCCCCGGCCACCCGACCUGUCCAACCCCAAGGGGGGAGCUAUGGCCGCGUCGCGUAGAUGUGUGUAUAAUAGUAUGUACCAAAAGAGAGUCGACUACUGUAGUGGUUUAGAUUGCUCCAAGUGUACAAGAAUCGACUCGAUAGAGCAAAACGCGGUGUGCAG